AUGGAAGUCGACAUUGACGGCUCUAGAUUCGCUGAGCGCACUCGCAGCUUUGUCGAGUGGUUUCAAGCUCUUCCUGGGGCGACUUUCCGCUCUGACUUGAUUGCCGUCGAGGACCUGAGGGCACAGAAUGCUGGUCGAGGAAUUGUGGCCCUAGCCGAUGUCGAGCCCGACACUGUUCUCUUCACCAUUCCUCGGAACGCCAUCAUCUGUGCAGCAACCUCGCAGCUCAGAGACAAGAUCCCCCACGUUUUUGGCCUGGACAACGACGAUGCUGGGCAGCCUGACUCUGGAGAUGACGACGACGAUGGCUCUGGCGCACAGCAAGACUCUUGGACGCUGCUCAUCCUGGCCAUGCUCUACGAGUACCUCCAGGGCGAGUCCUCACGCUGGAAACCGUAUCUGGACGUGUUGCCCACCGUAUUUGACACGCCCAUGUUCUGGUCACCCGCCGAGCUGUCCGAAUUCCAGGCCAGCGCCCUGGUCGCCAAGGUCGGCAAGGACGAGGCGGACCGGAUGAUCAAGACCAAGAUCAUCCCCGUCGUGCGAGCUCACGAGCAGGUCUUCUUCCCGCCUGGUAGCAGCAGCCAAACCCUCGACGACGCUCAGCUGCUCGCCCUGGCCCACCGCAUGGGCAGUACCAUCAUGGCCUACGCCUUCGAUCUAGAGUCUGAUGAUCCCGAAAUCAAGCAAGCCGACGAAGAAGCCGACGACGAGUGGGUUGAGGACAGAGAGGGCAAGACGAUGCUGGGCAUGGUCCCGAUGGCCGACAUCCUCAACGCCGACGCCGAGUUCAACGCGCACAUCAACCACGGCGAGGACGCACUGACGGCUACGGCCUUGCGCCGCAUCAAGGCCGGCGAGGAGAUCUUUAACUACUACGGCCCGCUCCCCAACGGCGAGCUCCUGCGUCGGUACGGCUACGUGACGCCGCAUCACAGCCGGUACGACGUGGUCGAGCUGCCGUGGGACCUCGUCGAGGCAGAGCUGAGGCAGCGCGCCGCGGGGGGUUCCGUGGCCCCCUCAGAUUGGGAGAAAGCGAGGAAGCUCACCCUGGCGGACGAUGCGUUCGAGGAGAGCUUUGUGCUGGAGCGCGCCAGCGACGACCCGGACUCAGAGGGAAGACUCGGCACCGACACCGUCUUCGCUGGCUUGCCGGACGAGCUGGGCGAGCAGUUCAAAGCGUUUCUCAAGUCGAUCAAGAAGGUUUGCAAUGCCAACCUAGCCGUCCUGGCAUUGUCAGAUGGGGACAUGCGGAAGAAUCUUUAUCUGCAGGCCGUACUCGGGGCUUUGCAAGCCAGGGAGCGUCAAUACGCCACGUCGCUUGAGGAGGACGAGCACAUCAUCCGGGCAGGGCAGCUGACUCGCCGGCAGCAAAUGGCGGUAUGGGUUAGGAGAGGCGAGAAACAGGUCCUGCGGGAGGCCCAGGCGUGGGUCAGGAGGCAAAUGGACGAGCUACGGAACAACCUGGCUUCAGAAAAGAGGGCGCAAGGGGACGAUGGCCCAACUGCCAAGAGGCGGCGGGUUUGA